UGGGCGCCCGCGGUUUCCAAAGACCCGCCCCUGCGCGCCAGUGGUGGGCGGAUGGGCGCUAGGAGCUGCACUUAAAAGGCGGGGAAUCGCUAGCCGCAAGAUUUUUCCUCGACAGAUCCUGCCGCAGUGUAUUCCUCCCGCACCACUCGCCUCCACCCGUCGCUGCCACCGCCGCCGCCUCGCCUGGAGCCUCCGGGCGUCCCACCAUCGCCCUCCUCCAAGCCCUGCCUCGAGGUAAAGCGUAUCAGGCUGAGCCGCCCGGCCCUCAACCCCAGCGCCGCCCGCAGUGCUCGCUCUGGUGGGUGUGGCCGGACUCGGCCCGCUACCGCUGCUGCAGCCGCCGCGGCACUUCGGUCUCCCCUCGCCUCCCGCCGCCGCCGCCGCGUUUCGGCUUCUCGCUGCCCUUAGUUCCCCACCCCUAUUGCCUGCGCCCCUAGACCCCGACCCAGUCAAGAUGUCCGAGGCGGCAGGAAAUCUCAAUAGCCUUCGCAUGGCAAACGUAGCCUUGCGAGAAGAAUUAAAUGCCCUUCGUGGGGAGAAUGCCAGUUUGGGCCUUCAGCUUGGAAGAGCCCUGGCUGAGGUGAAUUCCUUGCGAGGCAAUGUCUCGAGCUACAUCCGCUGGCCAGUGCCCAUAGUGCCCGUACUGGCCGAGGAGAACUUUGAGUUCCCGCUCAGUGAGAUCGACACCAUUACUGAGGGAGAGGUGCCCUUCCUGUGCUGGCCUCCCCCACGCACAGACUCUGAGUACGUCUCGAACGAUCUUUUGAUUAACGUGGUCCAGGACUACACCACUCCCGACGGGUCAGCCGAGCCUCCCCUGUCCCCUAGCCCACCCCCGCAGGAGCUGCCCUCACCGGCGUCAAAGGAGCCGCCCCCACAGCCCUUUCUGCCACCUCUGGAGCGGCCUGACAUAGAACCCUUUUCCGGCAACCCAGUCUACCUGGCAGAAUUCCUGAUGCAGCUGGAGACCUUCAUAGCUGACCAUGAGAAUCAUUUCCCUGGGGGCGCUGAGCGGGUGGCUUUUGUGAUCUCCUUUUUUAUUGGAGAAGCUAGGGACUGGGCCAUCUCAGUCACCCAGGAAGGAAGCUCCUUGCAUGCCAACUUUCCGCGCUUCCUGGAUGAAAUCCGUAAGAAAUUCUGUGGCCCCAUCCCCCCGCGCGUGGCUAAAAAGGCCAUCCGUAAGCUCAAGCAGGGAGACUGUACUUUGGGCAGCUACGCUGAUGCUUUUCAGUACCUGGCCCAAUUCUUGUCUUGGGAUGACUGCCGCCUCCAAAACCAAUUUCUCAAAGGCCUGUCGGAAUUCUUUCGAAAGGAGCUCUUAUGGUCAACUGAAAUGGCUGACCUGGAUGAGCUGAUUCUUGAGUGUGUGGAGAUAGAAAGAAAAGUGCGUGUCCCCAAGCCAGUCCCGCUCCCUGGGGUUCUCAAUGUGGUUUUCCCUUUUGCUUCAAAUCCUAAUGAGGAUGAAACCGGAGGUGAAGAGUGCUACAGUGAGGAUGAGGAUGGAGAGGCAUGUAGGAGUGGGCUUUACCUGAAGGACCAGGCCAGGCACAUGAGGGUUUUCCAGCAGGAGAUGAGGGGGGAGGAGGAGGAAGAGGAGGAAGAAAAGGAAGAGGAGGAUGAAGAGAUGAGGAAGGAGGAGGAAGAAAUGAAGGAGGAAGAAGAUGAAGAGGAGGAUGAGGAUUAUGAUGAGGAGGAUGAAGAGGAUGAGGAGGAUGAAGAAGAGGAGGAGGAGGAAAAGGAGGAAGAGGAGGAGGAGAUGAAACCAAAAGAAGAGGAAGAGAUGAAGAAAGAUGAGGAUGAUGAUGGGAAUAAGGGUGAUGAAGAUGUAAUUGAGGUUGGAAGCCAGGAGCCAGAGCAGGAGCCAGAAGAGGGGCAAGAACGAGUGGUGAUGUAUAGUGAGCUGGAGGCCCAUCUUCUGGCCCACCAUCUUCAUCAUCAUCAUCACCAUCACCACCACCACCAUUUGCACCAGCUGAUGGAGAUGGAGGAGCCUGUCCUUGUUGACACAUCAACCCAAACCAUUAGCUCUGCAAUAUACCAUGCUGAGAAUUUCCUGGACGAAUCCCCUCCUGUACAGCCUAGCAGGCGGAGGAACCAGAAUCGAGUUCCACUCCUGGAGGGCCUUCCAGGCACCAAUUCACCAUUCUAUAGCUCACCGCCACUGAUUCGCCGUGCAGGUCGCAUGGGGCAGCGCCAAAUUCGAAGACGUCCCCCGGUGCUAUUCCGCCUCACUCCGAGACAGGGGGGGCACCGUGCUGCCCGUGGCCGAAUUCGAGUGUGAGUACUGGGACCACCUGGAACACACCCUUCUACUGCGUCCCCUGCCCCUGCUAUUGCUGCCACAUGUGCUCCAUCUACUGACCAGUUCUUAAGAGAAUUCCAGACCUGAACAAGCUGAAGAAAACUUGCAGAAUUCCAUACUGUGUUGCAACCUGAACAGAGAGCGACAUGUGUCCAACCAAGGCCACUUGGAAAAGGAAGGACAACGAUAGUUGUCCUAUUGCACAUAUUCUGCUCAGUCCUGCCAACCAGCCAGAGAGCAGGUUUCUGGGCCUGUCCCCAUAAAUGAACUGGUCACCCUUUUGUGUUCCUCUCUAAUUUUCCCCAGCUCUCUCUCUCCUGUGUUUCUUUACCCUGUUUUAUCCUCAGACUGGCUCACCAGGACUUCACCCAAAGCCUCACCGAUCUGCCCCAGUGAUUAAAAGGACAGGCUGUAUGGCAUUCCUAAAGCCACUGAGGCCAUUUACUAGGUAAAACUGAUGGCGAGCAGUAUGGCACCAAGAAAUGUACCUAGAAGCCUAUGCUUAUUUCAUGCCAUACUCCAGCAAAAGGACCUGCAAGAGGACCCCACAUUUAGCUCAGUGGACAACUUGACUGAAAUUUGUCCUUGAAAGAAUGGCAACCUGAGUUUCCCAGCACCUAAGUUUACUUUCCUCCAGAUUUCUGUAGCAGGGCCUUUGGAUCAGCUUGGUCAAAUCUGGGGCUCUCUCCUCUUACUGUACUGGCCACCUGACUGUCCCUGCAACAGAGUUCAAGGUGUCAGCCUCUGCCCUUUUCCUUGAUUUUGCCUAACGGGUAGGCAGCUGGGGAUUGGGAAUAGGAAGUGGAAGAGGGUCACACAACUCAAUUUGACAUUCUAAGGAGUGGAUUGCUCCUUAGAAGGGAUGGAGGUCUGCCCCUACCACCAGGCCUUAGACUACAGCUCCAGCCAAGGGUCUUUGCAGGUGACUUUCCAUCUUUAAACUUUCAGAAGAAGUCCAUUAUCCUUGCCUUCCAGAACAGCCAGAGAGAGAGAGAGACAGAGACAUAGACAGAGAACAGAGGAAGAGGAAGGUUGGCUCUGCAGAGACUGUACCCGCUGCAGCCUCACAGCUGGGACAUCCCUGUGGCUGUCAUGAGGGCUCAGCCUCUGGCCUGCUGUUGUGCUUCAGCUAAACACUGACACUGAAGGGUAUGGCUGUUUCCAGGGCACUCCUAGGUGCUUCUUAUAAAGAGACCUGUUGCUUGCCCUGGGUCCAGAAAACACUGCUUUUGCAAUGAAAAAUACACAUUUACUAUUUCGGCUGUGGCCAUAAAAUGCCAGCCAAAUUGGCAACUAGCCCAAACUGCCCCUGGACACUGAACUUUCUGUGCAGGCCUGGCACGUGGGCAAGUGCAGCCAAAGUGGCUGUGGCCAGAGAGAAGAAAACAGUAAAAGAAGUCUCUGUUCCUUACGGGAGUCUGACAGGUAACCUCAGCCCAGCCUUAGGAUAUUGGGCCCGGAGCUCAGAGGAAGGAACUGGAGGAAGAGGAGUCAGAGACCCAGUCCUCAGACUGGUUUUGGGUGAGAUCUCUAUCCAUCAGGAGGAGCUGAUUUCUUCAGGAGGUAAUUCCAGAAGAGGAAUUGCUACUCUUUGAGGCUGCGGACCCUGUUUGCUGAUGUUGACCCACUGGCCCUUCUGCCCGUGUGCUGGUGGAGAAGCACGAUGAACAGGUGCCUUGCACCCCCACUUCUGGGGAGCCAUCAGCACAGGCCCUGCCUGUUCCCAUGGUCCCAUGGUGCUUCCCACCCUGAACCCUUGUAGCACUAGCCAGGGAGAAAGCAGAGGAACAGUGAGCUGAUUUUCAGGCCUCUGGGGGCAGAGGGGGUUGGGCUUCCCUAUGACCCCCUCCCCACUUUCCCAGAUCUUCAAUAUUUGUUGUGAUGUGACAGCCACAAAAGCUGUAAGAACUGUGGGCUUUGGGUGCCUCCUUGUUAAGAGGGUGGGUGGGGGGGGGGAAUGCAUGCAGGGGUAUGGAGGCAGCUCAAGGAUUCCCAGAACCUGGGGAAGAAACUCCUUCGAAAUAAAUGUGUUAUUGUUAUUAUUGUGUUAUUGCUGUAUUAUUGUGUUGUGAAGAUAAGAAGUUUUACUCUGUACGCUAAUGCUUUCUCUCCUCAAUAAAAAUAUAAAGGGUGUGUAAA